CUCCUACCAACCGGUAGGAGACGACAACACGCGUGCGCGACGUCAUCGCUGCAGCCACAGCCUGUCUGCACCCACUGAGCGUGAACUUCUCCAGUCCCCAGUGCGCCCAGGGCAGGAUGGGAUGCUCCACCAGCUCUCAAACUUCAGCGGUAGACACGACUCGACCCAACGCCAAAACUGAGGCGAGCAAUGGAGCCAGCACGACAGGGGCGGCCGGUGAGAAUGGAAAAGUAGCUGAGGACAGCGAGACCAUUCCAGACCAAACACCGGCUGAAGGCAGCGAUGCUAAACCUGAGAGCGAAGCCGCUGCAGCUGCUACAUCUGCAGAGAGCUCUGCUCCAAGCCCCCCAGCAGCGGAGGAGUCGCCUCCUGCAGUAGACAGCAAACCUGCAGAGGCAGCAGCAGGAGAUGUUCCAGCAGCAGGAGAUGCAGCAGCAGCAGGAGAUGCAGCAGCAGCAGGAGAUGCAGCAGCAGCAGGAGAUGCAGCAGCAGCAGGAGAUGCAGCAGCAGCAGGAGAUGCAGCAGCAGCAGGAGAUGCAGCAGCAGCAGGAGAUGCGCCAGCAGAGGCUCCACCUGCAGACGGCUCUGCCGAAGCAGCACCAGGCUCCUCAGAAGCUGCACCUCCGGAGCAAGAGGCCACAGCGACUGAUUCAGAGCCCAAACCAGAGGAGGCACCUGUGCCCAGCGAGUGA